ACCUGAGCCAGCGAUUCAAGACGGUUAGUCAAUUCGCACCUGGUGGAACGGAAAGUCGGUUAGAUAGUUAGUUUUCUCGGUUAUUAGUGCUCGGAUAAGGUCUCAUUUGCUACCUAAAAUGGCCUUCAAUAAUAACAAAGGUGAACUUCCGUUUCCGUAUGAAAUCAAUGAUCUCGACCCGGAAAUCAACGCUGAACUUCUGGAAUAUUUUCACGGUGAACGAACUGGAUUCGUGCAAGUUGGCCCACAAAAGUACUUUUUCCCAAGUAAAUAUAAGGAGGCGGCAGAAUAUUUCUACAAUUUUCAAGCUCGUCCUGACGACAUCUGGAUUGCAACCUUUCCACGAUCAGGAACAACGUGGACGCAAGAGCUGGUAUGGUUACUGGCUAAUGAUUUGGACUAUGAAACCGCCCAACGGGAACCAUUAACCAAGCGAUUUCCAUUUUUCGAGUUUCACAUAUUCAUGCACGAUGACGUGAAACAGGAGCUUCUAGACGACAAUGCGGAUGAUCCGAACAAAAUGAACUUUAUAGAAAUCAUCUCACAGCCUGGCUAUGAAUUUUUCGCACAAAUGCAACAGCGCCGAUUUAUAAAAACCCAUUUCCCAUUUUCCUUGCUGCCACCUAGUGUAACGGAGCAACAAGCUAAGGUAAUUUAUGUAGCCCGCAAUCCGAAAGAUGUUGCUGUAUCAUUUUACCAUUUAAACCGACUAUAUAAGACACAAGGGUAUAUAGGAGACUUCCCUAGAUAUUGGAGCUAUUUUAAAAGAGGAUUGAAUCCCUGGAUGCCGUACUUCAGUCAUCUUAAAGAAGGUUGGUCGCAUCGUCAUGACCCCAACGUGCUCUUCAUGUUCUACGAAGAUAUGAAUAAAAAUUUCCCAGAAACGAUAUGCAAAGUAGCGAAAUUCCUUGGGAAAACCUUGACCACCGAACAAAUCGAUAAACUCGCAACAUACUUGAAUAUUGAGAAUUUUAAAAAUAAUCCAGCUGUGAACGGAAAGGAGCUUAAGGAAGUGAAGGUGCUGAAUAGUGGAGAGGCCGGGUUUGUUCGGAAUGGAAAGAUUGGUAGCUGGCAAAAGGAAUUUACGCCGAAGUUAAUAGCAGAGGCUGACCAGUGGAUGGCUGAUAAUCUUCAAGAUACUGACUUAAGAUUUCCAUAAAUAAGUUUACUGUGUUAUGUGUUCAAUUUGUUUUUUGUUAUGAAUAGAAUAUUUAUUGGUUUAA